CCAGGAGACGUGAGCAGCGGCAACCACACGCUUCUUCCGUCUGGGCUGCCCAUGAGGAGGAAGGAGUCGUCUGGUAAGCCGAGCUCGCUGGUUUCUGUCCCGGGAGUUAUUGCUGUUGUCCGAGAAAUCCUGACCCUCCCCCCGCGGUAGAAGCGAUUUCUCCGAACCACAAGCCCUAAGAAAAGCGCUUCUAGGAAUGGUAGGAGAAAUACUAAGGCAGAGUAUUUAAAAACGCGGAUCAUAUCCGGGAUGGCGAGCAAAGCGCUCAUCCACGUGUAAGGCUAAGAGAAUCAAUGCUGCUCCCGAACGAAGCACCUCUUCCAAGGCUUGCGAGUUUCUGGCCUCUCGCUUCCCCGCACGGUUCAUUAAUAAAGUGCUGCCCCUAUUUUGUCUUCCGGGAAGAGGUGCUGAAUCGAUGCUGGCUAGAAAUCGGACCUGCGUGGUGCUACUCGGUUUGCCCUUCUUCAGGUUUCAUCUCCGCCUUCCAGCUGGCAAAAGAAUAGCUGUUAGUGAGGAAUGUUGCUUGAGCACCUAGGGUUCUGUUUACCUGCGAUUAUUUAUUAUGCUAUUUAAUACACACAAUCCCUGGUUUACAUGAGAUGCUUUAACCAAGAUACAAGUACUAUUCCAAUAUUUCUUUUUAAAAAAAUUAAAAACAAAACAUUGUAGUAAAACUUGAUAAUCUUGGGGACCCUUGCAUAAAAAGGUACAGUUUCCAGAGGUGUCUUAAGUCCUGUUUUCUACUCCCUAAUUGCAUUUGGGAAGGUGUUCCAGAGGGAGGCUGCCCUCACCCAGAAGGCUUCCUAGAUAUUAUAAAGUGGCAGUCCACUGAUUGUAGUACAGUGGUACCUUGGGUUACAGACGCUUCAGGUUACAGAUUCCGCCAACCCAGAAAUAGUACCUUGGGUUAAGAACUUUGCUUCAAGAUGAGAACAGAAAUCACGCGGCAGCGGCAGGCCCCAUUAGCUAAAGUGGUACCUCAGGUUAAGAACAGUUUCAGGUUAACAAUGGACCUCCAGAACAAAUUAAGUUCUUAAACCAAGGUACCACUGUACAGCUAGCAAUGCUGCCUCCUGAAGAACUUAAUGAUUGGUUGGAAGCACAGAAGGGGAGGCAAUAUAAGGGGAAGCAGACUACUUGUUUCAAGUUAUUUAGGGUUUUAUAUGGCAAUAGCAAGACCUUAAACAUGGGUUUGGAGCUAACCUCCCCUGAUGAGUGCAGUGGGAUUUAAUUCCAAGUAAACAUGGGUGGUGGUGUUCAGACCACACUUUGUGUGGAAGCUAGUAUUUUACUAGCUAAAGUGAGCAAACAUUCUCCUCCACUUUUGUUCCACCCAAGUGGAUAUACAAAGGGAAAACAGUCAGUUGCCACCUACUGAAAGUUGGGAAUUAGGUCAUUUUAUUUUAUCAUCUUUGUUUUAGACAGUUGUUGAAGCACCUUCACUUCUCACCCAAUGAAUGAUGCAUAUUAUACAUAGUACAUUUGUUUGUUUAUCUUAACAUUACAUUGGUAAAAACAGGUAUUUUGCCCUGAGUGAUAGAACACCAAGAAAAGCGAUGGAGGAAAACGAUAAGAAACAUCACCGCAAGAGACAUAGUGGGCCAAAGGCUGGCAAGAAAAGGAAGCGUCAUUUGAAAGACUUAGGGCUUGAAGAUGAGGAGGAUGCCCGGAAAAGAAACCCAAAGGCCUUUGCGGUCCAAUCUGCAGUCAAGAUGGCCAGAACUUUCCACAGGUGUGGAACUGCUAGACUUCGUUAGCAUACUGGUUUGCUCCUCCCUGUUAGAAUGCUUUAUUCUUACAUUUAGCAUUUUCAGCUGCAGGUUGUGUUCUUCAGCUUAGAAUUUGUAACUGUAUAACACUCUGAGCUGUCUUCAUAUAUAUUCACAUGAUAGAUCUCUCUCCAUUUUGGUAUGAUGUAUUUUUUCUUAAUCUAUAUCCUGUUCUUUGGGGAAACCAGCUUUUUAGCCUCACAAUAAUCUUAUGAGAACGAUUACGCUGAGUAACUAGCUGAUGACUGUCCACAUCUAGGUCCACGAGUUGCAGCCAAUCUUUUAGUUCUCAUAGUGCUGUAUAGGACUCCCAAAUCAUUUCCAUGUAAUUUUAUGGGACUCAAUGCAAUCCUGAUGUGAAUGGAUGUAAUUAGAUGGCAUGAGAUAAUUUCCUUGGAUUCUAGGCUGUUGUGGUACAUGCAGGGUGGGGGGAGGAAUUUGAGGAUGGGUGAAUCUUUGGUCUGAACAACUGGUGUUAUUCUUGUUUUUCUGUGUGGCAGGGCACUUGUCCUGUCUACUUUGUAGCUUACAGUAAACAUUAUUGUUAAAAACAGGACCCAGGAUUUGAAGACGAAAAAACAUCACAUUCCAGUGGUCGACCGCACUCCGUUAGAUCCUCCUCCUGUGGUUGUGGUUGUGGUUGGCCCUCCGAAAGUUGGAAAGAGCACCUUGAUAAAAUGUCUUAUUAAGAAUUUCACCAGGCAGAAGUUAGUUGAAAUCCGGGGUCCUGUAACAAUUGUGUCAGGUAAGAACUGACCCACAUUAACAAAAGCUUAUGUACAUGUGUGUGUUUGGUUUAUGUUUAAAACAAUCCUCAGUUCAGACCUACUAACAGUUGGAUGUUUUUAAGUACUGUUGAUUUUCAUGGAAGAAAAUGGAAGUGCUUACUGAGUUCUGCUGUUUUGAAAUAAUUGUGGCUUUAAAGUACAUUACUUUGACUGGACCAUGCCCUACAUAAAAAAAAUCUAUACUUAAAAGCUUGGGAGAAUGGUACAGCUUUUAUCUAGUGCCUGAAAGUUAGACUAGUUGAGUGUUCUUGGGGAGUGUCCACAAAUGGGGUGCCACCACAGAGAAGGCCCAUUGGCCGUUUGCCUCCUGCUGCAUUUUGGAUGGGAAGAAGUACUUGGAGCCAGGGCAUCCAAUGAUCAUGAAUAGACAGGUGGUCCAUAUUUGUCUGAAAAGCAAGAACAUAAUUAGAGGAGUGAAGUAUGCUGUACAUAAUCAUAUGUGCUAUAAGAAAAUUUGAAUAAACUAAAAUCAGCCAAAAUCACUUUAAUUUCCCUGCUGGCCUAUCUGAUUUUGACAGGAAACAAGUUAUCACAGGGUAGUGUGAUCUGAUGUUCUCAAUCAAUGAGCUGAAAAGUAUUGUCACACUUUUAAUGGUAGUACUAAAAUCUUUCAUGUUUUGCUCUUCACCUUUGUUUACAGGUAAAAAGCGUAGGCUUACCAUAAUUGAAUGUGGAUGUGAUAUUAAUACAAUGAUUGAUCUAGCUAAAGUUGCCGAUCUGGUGAGUUGUAUCAGUAUAUGACGAGCUUUUCUUGCUAUAAAACAACAUAUGCUAAUUAUAAACUUGGGAAAACAUCAUACACUAAUUACAAGAUGGAUACAAGUCAAGCUGUAUAUUUCUCUAGAGCUGAGCUCUAUAAGUAGUAGUUAUACACUGCAAUUCUGUGUGUGUGCUUAGAAAAAAGACCUAUUCAGUGAAUAAAUUGAACUGAUAUACUGGAUUAAGCAUAUUUUCUUUGAAAGAAGGAAAAUGUUGUUUACUAUGCAACAUGCACUUUAUUUGAUUCAGGUGACCCAUUGUUGAUAGUUGGAUCAUUAUACAAAUUCUUUUCUUUAUUAAAUUCUCAAUAUAUGCUAGUAAUGUUCUGAAAAAAGUAAAUUGAGAAUUUAAUUUAUACUGAGCAUUAACUUUUUCCAGCUCAUUGUUGAUCUGCAUGUUUUCCCCCUGACAGUUUUCUUUCCAUUUCUCAGGUUUUAAUGCUCAUUGAUGCCAGCUUCGGAUUUGAAAUGGAAACAUUUGAAUUUUUAAACAUUUGCCAGGUACAUGGCUUCCCCAAAAUUAUGGGUGUUCUUACGCACUUGGAUACCUUCAAGAAUAACAAACAGCUCAAGAAGACUAAAAAGAGAUUGAAGCACAGAUUCUGGACAGAGGUUUAUCAGGUAUGAUAUUGCAUCAGUGGCUCACCCUGUGAGUUGAAUGUAAAACAUUUAGAGUUGUAGGCAGUGAAGCUAGAAGGCUGCAUUGUACCUCUUCAGUGUGUUUCUGUUACAAUUUCCUUUGGAUCCUUCCUGAAAAUUUGUCCUUUAUAUAGUUCCAUAUCCAUUCAUGGUUAAAGUCACAAAUUUGGAUUUGGAUUUUAAUCUGGAAGAUAAUUAUCUACAGUUUUGUGUAAUGAACUUUCCACAGUUCAAAUGAGUUUUCAAACCCAGUACAGAUUUUGGUACUUGUAUGACUUUGCUGUAGGUGCGCUCUUUGUAUAGCAUUUUAGUCUUACCAGUAAUCUUGAUGCAGGACUGCAGUGCACUGAAAAACAUGGCAAGAUAACGUUUGCUGCAGUUUGUAUAAAUUGUGCUUUCCAGAGAGUGCAGGCCAAGUGUAUGGAUCACAGGUGGGGAAACACACAAUGUGAUAUCCAGAAACAUUAGGGGGAAGGAGAUUGUAAUUCAGCUUGGGGAUGCAGUCCUGGUGGCAACCCUGCUGUUUAUAAUGGCCAUAGGUUAGCAUAACAUGCUUGAUAUGCAGUUGGGCUUCUCUUUCUCCUCCUGGGGGGAAUUCAGAGGUGCAUUUUUUUGCUUUAGUUAGCCAUUGUUCAUUUGGUCAUCUGGCAUGACAAACUGUGGCCAAUGCAUAGCUCUCCCUGAAAUUCUCAGGAAGCUGAAUUCCCCCAUCAAUAUACUUGAGGUGCUUUUUCUUCUUAUUGUGCAAAAUUGCAUCAUGUACACAACUGUGUUUAUUUUCAGAGGAAAUCACGCUUAUGCUAGAGAAACAGUAAAGUGUAGUGUCUUGCUUCAGUUGUUCAGUGAAUUAUUCUCUUAAUUUGUCAAUUCAGGGUGCCAAAUUGUUCUAUCUCUCUGGGAUGGUACAUGGAGAAUAUCAAAAACAGGAAAUCCACAACCUGGGGCGCUUUAUUUCCGUAAUGAAAUUCCGUCCCCUUACGUGGCAGACGUCUCAUCCUUACGUACUAGCAGACAGGUAAUUCCAUACCACACACCUCUCAUUUCCCCUGUUUCCCUCCCAGCACUCUGCAAUGUUGUUAGAUGACUUUUUAUUUAUUUAUGUGAAAGUACUGUGGAUCUUUCCUUAUAUUCUGUAGGAUGGAAGACUUGACAAACCCUGAAGAUAUCAGAGUUAAUCCAAAGUGUGACAGGAAGGUUUCACUUUAUGGUUACUUAAGAGGAACGCACUUGAAAAACAAAAGUCAAAUACAUAUGCCAGGUUGGAUACCACCACUUAGUUCUUAUUUUUUAUUUCUUGCAGCACUGUGUCUUGUUAACAAAGGACAGCCUUGUAUUAAGAAAAAUACAGUUUGCACAUACAUUGUUCCAAUGAAGUGUACAUGGAGCCCUUUUUAAAAGACUAUGUUCCUGCAAACAGCAAUCUUCCAAUCAGCAAUAUUUUAGGGUUUAAACAUUGCCCCCAUAUUGCAGAUUGGAAGGCUGAGGCUGUAAUCCUAUACACACUUUGCUGGGAAUACCUGUUGAACUGGAAGUCAGGCGUUUAGUUUUGCCAGUCCAUUGCUGUGAAACUCUUCUCCACAAGAGAUUUGGCAGGCACCCUUGCUUUUGACUUUUAGGUGUUUCUUGAGACUUUUUUUAUGCUUACAGGCCUAUGCAGUUGUUUAAUUUUUUUACUGAGUAGCCUGUUACUUUAAUUAAUAUUCUAUAUUGCUUUUAAAGUUGUAUUGUAACCUGCUAUUUAAGUAAAUAUAGAAAAUACAGAAAAGUAAAAAACAAAUAUGGGAGAUAUAUAAUUAAAACUUGGGGUUUGUUCAUAUAGGCAUUUGCCAGCUGGGCUCAUUUUGCCAGUCUCUCUUCAUGAGAUUCCUGUACCUUAACAAGAAAUAAAAAAAUGUGGUAGGAGGUCUCAUCGAUACAGUACUUCAUCGACAUAAGAUCACUAACACAGUGAAAUCACUGUGGUCAUUUCGCUGCAUGCGUGGCUAAUUUUUAGCAAUUCCUACUUGGACCCCAUUUUGAUUUUCUGUGCUUCUUCUCAUCCAGGCGUUGGGGAUUUCACAGUGAGUGAUGUCAGUUUCCUGCCAGAUCCCUGUGCGCUCCCUGAACACCAGAAGAAGCGUUCCUUAAAUGAGAAGGAGAAGCUUAUUUAUGCACCACUGUCAGGUGUUGGGGGCUUAGUUUAUGAUAAAGAUGCAGUUUAUAUCGACCUUGGAGGAAGUCACACACAUAAAGAAGAAGAGGUGAGGGUUAAUUCUUUAGCAGUUGGUAAUGCAGUGUUAAUUCUUGUACAGUACUGAAACCAGUUGUAUGUACCCCUGACAGACUUCUCUUCCCAGCCUGCUUAUUGAGAUGUAAUCUCUUGGCAUAAGUACCACUAUGGUCUCAGCUAAUUUACGCAAACAGCAAAAUAAGUAUAUUUAGAAAAUAGUUGCUAACAGAAUUUUGGUUUGUCAGGAGGAAACAAGACCAAACCAUGAACUAGUCCAGAGCCUCAUCUCUACGCACUCCACUAUUGAUGCCAAAAUGGCGUCAAGCAAAGUGUCUCUCUUCAUGGAUUCCCAACCGCUAGAGACUGACAUUGACAACCAAGGGUAAGUUGAUAACCCUUGAUUACCAAGGGGGCAGUUGAGAGAAUAUUUUACUUUUUAAUGUUUGCAGUUUUAGUCAGCCUAGCAAGCAGAUUUUGAUCCCAAAAAGUUUUUGGGGGGAGGCAGAGACCGUUUAUGGCUCCGGAAUCAAUAUCAAAAUCCUUUGCAUGGGGUCCCCAUGCUUAAGAACUACAGCACAAGGGUAUUGACAGCCCUUUGUUUUGGAAGUCUCCCCCUAUUUCUCCUUUCCACCCCAAUGUUGGAGGUGGAGAAAUGUCAUUUGGGGAGUUUUCAAAGAGCAGCAUUCGGAGGAAGAAAGGGUUUCCCUUCCUUGUGCAAGCCACAUUUUUACUGCCCACCAGUUGAUGGGUGAUUGGGGCUCCAGCAGAGAAACAAUCAGGAACUUAUGUUAAGCUCCCAAUUGUUCCUUUGAACAAUCUUUACCUGUGCCACCCCCGACAGAGCGGGUGAGUGUGGCUUUCCAAAAACAGCCUCACAAACCAAAUUUGACCUAUGGCCUGGAAGCUCCCCAAAUAUUCUCUGCAGUAUCUUUGUUUUCGAAUGGUUCGUGAUACUUCAUUUUUGCUUCUUUUGGAAGUCUGUUUGAGAUGCCUAAAGAAGAGAAGGAAACUGACCCACAUACUGGGAGGGUACGUCGGAAGGCACUAUUUGAAGACGAGGAAAAAGAAGAUGGUGGAAGUGAUGAGGAGGAAGAUGAAGAAAUGUCUGAGAGUGGUAGUGAUGGUGAUGAUGAGGAUGGGCAACAAAGUGAUGAAGAUUUCCCAGAUCCGGAGCUGGCCCUGAGAUCUUCCAAGCGUUUUAAAAAAGAACCUAAACAAGGAACCCUAACAGAACUUCCAGCAUUUGCUGAUAGCGAUGACAAUCUUGAGAUAAGUUCAGGUGAGGAAGAAGAAAUGGGCCUUGAUGUGGACGGGGAAGAUGGAGAAGGAGAUGGACAAGAAAGCGAGGAGGAGAGAGUUGCUGAUUCUGAAUCUACAGCCGGAAACACAGAUUUAUUGAAUAGGUCUGCAUGUGGUGAAAUGGACAAAGAGGAGAGAAAUAGUAGAAAUAUGCGUAAAAAGGUGGCUGCCACUACAGAUUCUGGAAAUGGGACAGCAGAAGAAGCAUCAGCAUCUGAGAUGGAAGAAUCAUCUGCGGAGGACAAAGGAGAAUCAAUGGAAGAUUCUGAUACGGAAGAAUCAGACGGGGAAGAUUCCCAGCCACAGUGUGCUGGAGUUAAAACACAGGAAUCAAAGUUUGACAAAAGCGAGGAUGAUGUUGAAGGUCUGUUGAAAGAGGAAGAGGAGUAUAAAGAAGCCUCUGACUUUUCUCUAGAUACAGUUGGUAUGUACACACUGCUCUCUUGGCAAGUUUGGCAUGACAUUCAAUUGAGAUUGCCCACCUUCUAUGGUGUUGUUCAUUUGCUAGUAAAAGGAGCUGUGCUACUUAGUAAAAGGAGCUGUGCUACUUAGGAAUUAUGAGGUCUGCCAAUCAUUUCUGUAGCAUAAAUGUAGUUCAGUUUAAUUGCUCUUUUGUAUUUUUGUUUUCAUAUUACCUUGCUGUUUUCUAGUGGAGGAGGAUAAAACUGUAGGUCUGUGUGCCCGAGAAUAAGUCCCACUGAGCUGAGUAGAUAUGUAUAAGAUUACCUUGUGAACCAUGGGUUGGAUCCAGACCAAGUUACUUGCCCUUAGGUCCCACUGAAAUCAAUUUGAAAAGUUAGUCAUGACUUAAUUUAGGCUGCAAUCCUAAUCCCAUUUACUUGGGAGCAAGUCCCAUUGAAUUAAGUAGGUCUUACUUCUGUGUAGACAUGGUUGGGUUUGUGCUAUUAGUCUCAAUGAUCACAAUGUGAACUGUGGACAACUAAUUUGCAUACCUACUUAGUCUUAAGUCCUAUUGAAUUCAACAAGGCUCACUCCCUGCUAAGUGUAGUUAGGACUGAAGUCUCAGUUUGGAUCCAGCCCCAUGCAUAUGAGAGGGAAUUAAGAAAAAGUGAACUCACAUAGGAACUGGAGAAAGUAAAUAAUCUUUUGGAGAUUAAUGACAGCAGGGACCAUUUAUAUUAGUGGUAGAAUGGACAGUUGCGAAUCUGAGCAAGCAUUGAAUCUGCUCAGUUAAAGAAACCAUGUUGUUUCCCCCCAGGUGCGCUUAAGUGGAAAGAAGGCAUUACUCAAAAGGCAGCUGAAGCAUUUCUGAGGCAACAACAAUCGGCUCCCAAUCUUCGCAAACUUAUUUAUGGAACAGGUAUAAUAAAUACAGUGCAUUCCCUUAUACAAUUUAAGAAAAGGGACUAACAGAAUGGGUGGUGGAAGGAGAGGGGGAAAAAACAUGUUAAUCAUUUGUGGUACAUUGGCUGCAUGAAAGAAGAAAAGGUCCAACUCUUUCCCAUCUUAUGAAAGCUGCUCUGGUUGGUCCCAUAAUAUUUAUUUGCAACCAGGCAACCAAGUGUGGUCCCUGAUAGGCUUUUGGGUUUUAAUCUGUGUCCUUCAACACAGUUGACCAGCUUCCUAGCAGUUGGCUCAGCCCAAAAUCAGAUUGUUGGAAUCAACUUUCAAGUUCUAAAAGGGUUAUUGGCUAUUUUGUGGCAUAUCGACCACGCUGAUGAUUAAGGGCAAGUUACUUCUUCAGCAAACAGUAACACAGAUUGAAAUUAUGAAGUACUUGACAAGCUAUAGCUGGAAAAGACAGAAGAUAUUCCAGUGAGGUAGAUCAACUUAGGUGGAUCAACUUAAUAAUAAAAGCAAGAAGAGCAACUAAGAUGACAUUAUUAAGUGUUGAUUAUGAUAUAAUAUUGCUAUGUUUAGAGGAGAAGAGACUUGGAAUUCAAAGAAUAAGAGUCAAGAUCUUUGUCAUACAUUUUGUAAUAGAGGAUACAGUGGUACCUCGGGUUACAUACGCUUCAGGUUACAGACUCCGCUAACCCAGAAAUAGUACCUUGGAUUAAGAACUUUGCUUCAGGAUGAGAACAGAAAUUGUGCUCUGGCGGUGCGGCAGCAGCAGGAGGCCCCAUUAGCUAAAGUGGUGCUUCAGGUUAAGAACGGACCUCCGGAACGAAUUAAGUACUUAACCUGAGGUACCACUGUCUUUAUUUUUCACUGCACAAAAACAAAAUGCCUUUCUCUCAAGCUCUCUGGCAUAUGCAGAGGACUGGAAGAGCGAUGGGGCUGUUUCUCAGUUGUGCAGACAUUUUCACUGUGCAUCCUAAACCACUGGACAAGUGAGUGGGUGGAGGGAGGGAACGUAUGUCAGUGAGCAUUCUUCUCACCAGAAGACAAGACCCAUUCAGUCCUGGGGAAUGGAUUUGCGGGUGCUUGCUCCCGACUCCUUAAGCUUGCACUCUAGUAAUGAAAUAUUACAAGAUGCAACAUUCCCAGGGCUUCCUUUCAAAGUAUAACCGUGAAGCACUUCUGUUUUUAUUCAGUGGCUGAGGAUGAGGGGGAGGAAGAUGAAGAAAACAAUGAGCUUGGAGGGUUGUUCCGCAUCAGCCGUCCCAACGAAGAAUCAAAGCGAAAAGCCGAUGCCCUUGACUGCUCCAAAUUCCCUGUGGAAACCCCACAAGAUUGGGACUUAGACGAGGUGCUUACUGUAGAUUCUGUAUUCUUACUGUAGAUUCAGUGCUUACUGUAUUCUUAGAGAGGUAUGCUGGAGGGAUGGUCGGUUGGUGUGCACUUCACACAGUCCGAGCUGUUCAAGAAAUUUAAUAGAGGGAGAAUUAAGAGAAGCAGCUUCUAGGUGGCAGAUGCACUGGGAGGACUUAUUUGCUAGAUUUAUAUCCCAGAUACUGUAUUCAUAAUAAGACAGUGCAUAUGGUAUAUGCUCACUUGCUGGUAUCGGUGGAGGUUGGGAGGAGCAGAAGUGGUGAUGAUGGUAGAAACAUAAUUUACCACUCCCACAGAUUUGAGGAUCUUUGAGAAUUGUGGAUUAGACUUGCAAAAAGAGAGGAGCUGGUGUUUGGAAAGGAAAAGAAGCAACAAGCAGUAGGGUGGAGAUCAGUAGGGAACUAAACUGGCAAUGUUUGGGAAGGGUGGUUAAGGAAGGAGUGGCAGUAUUUGAAUUGUGCAGGCAUUUUGUUUUGUUUUGUUUAUGUUUGUCUAUGCUGGUCAUAUGGAAGGGUAAUUUUUAGGGCAGGUAGUCUUUUCUGUGUGGAAGGGUGCAUAGACUAAGAAAGCCACUUUGAGGCACAAUAUUUUAGAUUAUUUGAUGCCUCACUUACAUGUUGAGUAUCCAGUUUUGCUGUACCUGAUAGCCCUUCAUUCUUGAAAACACAGUGGCCAGAUCUUACUUUCAUGGCUUCCUUGACAAAUGUGUGCGUUGACCGUGUUCAGAAAAAACAAUAGAUUAGAAAUAUUAACGAAUGUUUUUGUAUGGGCGGCUCAGAUUGUUGCAACUGGUAAAAUAAUUGCCGCUGCAGUGGGUCAGUUCUAGAAUUAGCAUGUGUUUGCAGCAGAAAACAAGCUUGCUACUCUGCCUGCAGGUUAUGGACAGUAUCAGAGACUGUUUUGUGACUGGAAACUGGGAAGCUGAUAAAGAUGCUGCAAAACUGUUGAAGGAGGAUGGUAAGUUGGAGCCUUUUUGUAUGGUUCUCUUAAUAGUUGGAAGGAAAAGUCUGAGCAGCUAUGGGUGGACCUGCUUCAGGGCCAGCUUUAGUGGGUAAGGGCUGAUGAAAAUAUGGGUUUCAGCAGGGAGGGCAGUUCUGCAUGUGGAGACAAUGCUGAAAACUGUAAGGAGGGUUUGGGAGGGACACUUUUAUGUGUGUAGAAAAACAGUAUCUGGGAGAUUGUUUGGGAGACCUGUGGGCAGGAAUGGGCUCUGGAAAUGGCUGAUUUCCUUUAUUGGAAGAUCUGAGUGCCAGUACACUCAUCUCCUUGUUUUAGUGGAAGACUUCGUAUGGCCACUGAAUGUAUGCACACAGAAGACAGAGCACAAAAACGUCCACACAUAUAUACCACCUCCCACCUGCCAGUUUUUCAUGUAUUAUGAAAAUAUCACAAAUGAAGGGACCAUGGGGGCUUGGUGGGGUUGUGUGUGUGUUUGAAUGAAAACACAUUCAGAUGCAUGCAGAAAAUUUAUCAACGAUGAACAAGCUGAAAGAUUUACUGUAUAGGAGAAACUAAGGCAGAAAAUAUUAAUGAUUUUGCUGAUGUUUACCUUUUAUAGAAGAAUUAUAUGGCGACUUUGAAGAUCUUGAGACAGGAAUUGUACACAAAGGCAAAGCAGCUGAUCAAGGAGAUGAAGUAGGUUUGAGAGAAUUAACUGUGAUUCAUUUGUUGAACAGGUGUUCAAAGCUAGGAAGUUACAGAUUCUCUUGUCAAGAGAGACCCAAAUUCUUCAGCAAAUACAUGAUGCAGAUCAUGGGAAUUUGAAAAUAUUCAGCAUAUUUUUUCUCAGUGUUAGCAGAUAUGUAUUUGUUCUUUGUUUGCAGUUUAUGAGUGUCAUUGCAUCUCUUCUGUGUGGGACUCAUAAUUACCUUUGAACUGUUCAAAGCCCACAACUUUUCCCCUACAACUUUUCCCUUACUUUGUAGGAUAUCAGCAGCCAUUUACUAUGUAGUUCAUCUUCAGCUCUUUUCAGAACUGCUUAAAUUCUCACAUAAGACACUUGUCAGGUGGAUUACAGUGGCAAUUUUUUUAAGGUUUCACAGACACUAUAAACCCAGUAAUGUUUAUCUGUUAAUGAUGCACAGAUUGAGUUUGAACAUUUUUUUGCCGUUUUGACUCCUUGUUACUGAUGAUCACUAGUUAAUUACUUGAAUGGGCAAGUCAUAAAUUUUGAUCUUUCUUAGGCCUUAGGUCUAAGUUGAAAACAAAAAGCUGCAGUAUUAAAAUGACUUGUAAUUUUGUUCCUGAGGACAAAACAAACACACAGAAUAAAGCCCUCUUCCCCCCGCCUUCCCCAUUAGGCAUCAAGCGAAGAAGAGAAAGAGAAUAAUAAUGGGAAACAGGACAAAUCUGGUGAAGAGGAAGAGGAAAAGAAGAAGCGCAUGGAUAAGAAACGCAAGCUGAAGAGGAUGUUUGAUGCUGUGUAUGACGAAGGAGAUGCCACCUACUUUGAUGACCUGAAAGGGGAGUUGCAGAAACAGGCACAGGUAUAAAUUUCAUACCUGAUAGGGAACUUUUGUAGCUUAGUGGCUAGAACUGCAAGACUGAAUUAGAUCGGGCUUACUUCUGAGUAGACAUGGUUAAAAGGUUGAAAUAUGGUUCGGGAUAUCUCUGGUUUGAAUUUUCCCCUUUUUCCACAAUUCUAGGUAACCCCUGCAUGUCAGCUUCAAUCCUUACUUAUCAUAAGGAUAAUAACACAAUAUAUGUGAAAUGGUUUGAACUCUCUAACAAGCGCUCUCCAGCUGUAAGGCACUAAGUAUUAUACAGUUUAAUGGCAAUGUUGAAAAGAAUGUGUACAUUUUCCUUCUAGUUCAUUAACCUGUACCAGGAGGCUCAUAAUGCAAAUGUUCAUUAUUGUCAUUAUUGGUUUACAAGUAUUUUUUCUGUCAGUUUAACGGAUCUCCAAACUGCUUCUGUUGCACAGCUUAACCGGACUGAAUUUGAAGAUCAAGACGACGAGACCAGAGUUCAGUAUGAGGGAUUCCGGCCUGGAAUGUAUGUACGGAUAGAACUGGAGAAUGUCCCAUGUGAACUGGUGCUGCAUUUUGACCCACACUAUCCAAUUAUUCUGGGUGGCCUGGGAAACACCGAAGGAAAUGUGGGCUAUGUGCAGGUACGCAGUCGCAACACUAUGUUCUCCUUUAUGGUGCAGAAUUCUUUUGUGUCUCAGUUCAUCACCUCCUGUGUGACCACAUUUUCCCACUCCUAUACUUCUGGGUUAGGGUUGCAGCACUUGCUUAUCCCACUUUUCAGAUAAUUAUUGUCCUGCAAUGCAGCUUUCCUCAGGGAGAGAGGGAUGCCAUGGUAUCAGGCUUACCAACUAAAAAGGCAAUAUUUGCAAGGGAAAGUGGGUGGAGGGAAGUUAGAGGAGGGAGAUUCACCCAUCUGGUCCAGAACAAAGCAUUUAUCCCCAUUUGGGGCUGGGCUGAUCUUUUCUUACUUGCUUAUUCAGUGCCAGAGCAAUUGAACUGAGUGUGGAAGAAGCUCCAUAAAGAGAUUCUUUGAGCAAUGCUGCUCUUCUUAUCUCCAUGGAAUCAUAUCCAGCCGUUUCUUCACAUGAAUGGCAUUCCAAUUUGCUGCUACAUAAAAAUCCUUCAUUUUUUGCCAUCCUAAAUGACUUUCAGUGUGCCUCCAGAUUCCUUGCCUGCAUCUCCUUUCUGCAGACCCUUGUCAAAGCUGGUUCUAGAACAUAAUUGUACUGCCAAGGCUGCCAGCCCUUGUGUGGAAUGUCUCUUCUGCUCACAGAAGGGCUAUCUUACACCUCAUGAUAAAGAUAUUCAUGAGAGAUUAUACUCAGCUCACAGCUAGUUCUUAGGCAAGACUUCGCGGAACUUUCAUUCCAUUCGACGGUCCUUUGUAUCAGUCUCUUUGAGGAUGAAAGUUGCAAAAUAUUCUAUGUGUUUCCUUGAUCCCUGUUAUCAUUUUCUGUUUCCAACUUCUCAAAACAUCAGGCACCGAACCACUCACUGCAUUUUAUAUAGUGCAAGAUGGCCUCAGUACUAAGACAGGAUAAGGGACUGCUGAAAUAAUUACUGGCAUAAAUGUAGGAGUUUGCUUUUGAUGAAACAUCCUUGGUUUUCCUCAGAUGCGCUUGAAGAAGCAUCGUUGGUAUAAGAAAAUACUUAAGACUCGCGAUCCUCUCAUUUUCUCAUUGGGCUGGAGGAGGUUUCAGACGAUCCCUAUGUACUACAUUGAAGACCAUAAUGGCCGUCACAGGCUGCUCAAGUAUACACCACAGCAUAUGCACUGUGGCACAACUUUUUGGGGUAAGAGCAAACUCUCUAAAGCAAACUCUGCAACUUCCCAGCCUCAGGAACAGCACUGGUAAAGCCACCUAAUGAUGAUGAGGAAUUGUUUGAAGCUUUAUGUAAGAGCAGUGGUGAAAUUAGAGGGGAAAAUUCAAAACCUGCACCUCUGCCUCGUUUAUCAAAUUUACAGGGCUGGAAGGAGAUUGACUGAGCCACAGUCAAGAAAAAGGGUUUGCUAUUUCAAGGCAUGGAUUAUGUCUUGUUUACCUAGCCAGGGUGUAGGAUAAGAAAUCAUCCCUGGUUCACACAAUGGUAAGCCAAGAUAAGGGAAACUUGAUGAAAACUGAGAUAAGUAGAUACUGGCAGCCAUGCAGGGGGAGGAAGGGGGAGCGUGUGAGUCAAGCUUUGAGCCAAAAACAAAUUUAGUUCAUAAUAAUAAGGCUAAGCCAUGGCUUAGCAUGGUUUUUUCCUGUCCUGGAUCCCUAUGUAUUGUUGGGUUGUAAUUCACAUAAUCUGCAGCCAGCAUGGCCAAUGAUCUGGGCUGAUGGGAGCCAGGAUUCCAACAUUAUAUGCAAACCCAAAGUUGAGGUUUAGUGCUACAUGUGAACCUGGCCACCGUGUUAAGAGCCAGGUCCAAGAAAGCUUCAUAUUUCUUUACCUUAAAUCAUGCUCCCUUGAUUAUUACUUGUGCCAGGGGGUUGAUAUACAGUGGACGCUCGGGUCACGAACGUGAUCUGUGCAGGAUGCACGUUCGCAACCCGUGUCUGCGCACGUGCAGGUUGCAAUUCAGCGCUUCUGUGCAUGUGCAAAGUGCGAUUUAGCGCUUCUGCGCAUGCACAACCGCCGAAACCCAAAGUAACCCGUUCUGGUACUUCCGGGUUUUGGCGGUCUGCAACCUGAAAAAACACAGCUGUAACCCAAGGUAUGACUGUAUUAAGAACAUUACCUCAGUUUUGAAAGGAAGCAUUUUGUAUUUGCUUUUAACUCCCUAGUUCGCCCUGGGUUUUACUUCUCUCACUACGUUUUUAAGAGAAGAUAUGCACAUUGAACCAUACACUGAAGGUUUGGGUCAAUCUUGUUUGUUAGGUCCUAUCACGCCACAAGGAGCAGGAUGUCUGGCAAUCCAGUCAGUGAGCGGAGCAACAGUAAGUAUUUACCAUGGACGGUUUAUAGUUGGCCUAGGGUGCAUUGCAGGGGGUUGGACUAGAUGACCCUCGGGAUCCUGUCCAAUUCUAUGAUUCUGUUGGUGGAUUUAUUUGUGAAGUGUGCAGGACGGCCAUAUGGAUAGAUAAGUAAUGUAGGAAAUAAGAUACAGUACUCGGCUUCUGCUUGCUAGGGCAAGUUCCUUGGUGAAAUGUUUCCAUUAGUCAAGAGAGGGGGAGGAAGGGAGGAGUUUCUCCUGUUGCAUUGCUGAGUUUUGGACCAAGCAGAAGCAAUGUGUGAGUCUCAUUGUAUCUGUAUGUUGUGUGAAGCCAAGUGCGAUGUGAGAGGCCCUCUUCUCCCCCAGCUUCUCUGGUAUGCAUACACAUACAGUAAGCCAAACCAAAAUUUAUAGACCCAUGAGCAAAAUAAAUGAGAAAUGGAGAUAAGCACCCUGAAACCUGCACUUUCCAGUGCGUGUGCACGCCCCACCCUGUCUGCCCGCAUGUGUGUUCGUACAUGGGCGCACGUGGAUAGCUUAUAACAAAUACAAGCAAGUUUCUGUGCUUUAUAUUUCAGCCUGAUUUUCGGAUAGCUGCCACUGGAGUUGUGCUUGACUUAGAUAAGUCCAUAAGAGUUGUGAAGAAAUUAAAGUUAACCGGUUUCCCAUUCAAAAUUUUCAAGAAUACAGCAUUUAUCAAGGUACGUGUUUGAGCAGUAGGAAUGUUGAGGACCCUCUUGGGGGUCAGCAGAGUAGUAGUUACGCCGCCUUCAGAAUUUUGGGUCCCACCACCACCAAAAAGCUGCAUUUUCUGUGGCAGCCCUUGAGUUGUGGAAUUCCCUACCUAUAGAAGUGCAUCUGGCACGACCAAUAUGCAGCUUUUGGCAAAUGCAGAAGAUGUCAACCUUUGCUUGUUGACACCUGAGAUGCGUGUUCUCAGGACUUGCCCUAUUCCUGCAGCUUUAAUUUGUUGUAGCUGUUUUUAAAUAUUUAAUUAUAACCCACCCUGGGAGUUGCUAGUGAAGGGUGGAGAGUACAUUUAAUUACUGCUGUUAUUAUUAUUUCCAGAGGCAGCAUACCUCUUAAUGCCUGUUCAGGGAAGUUUUUAAUAUUUAACGCUGUAUUGUUUUUAAAACUUGAUUGGGAGCCGCCCAGAGUGGCUGGGGAAACUCAGCCAGAUGGGCGGGGUAUAAAUAAUAAAUUAUUCUUAUUAUUACCUAGGCUGCCAGCAAUGGUGAUGAACUAUGGCCCUGUUUCAGCUGCCCCUAAAACAUCUGGCUGGCUUCUGUUGUGCACAGGGUGUUAUGGAUCCUUGGCCUGAUCCAGCAAAGCUGUACCUACCAAAAAUGGUAGCCAGGAUCCUGAAUCUUUGUCCCUAACCUUUCCCUACAGCCCUCAACUCCGUUGAAAGAAUAGCAAAAGCUUCAUAUGCCGGGUGACACCCAAUGAUCUUGAAUGCGUAAUGGAUAUUUUAAACGCCCAAUGCAUGUUUCCAAAAGCCUUACGCAAUUUUCCUAUUAAGGCAACAUCUCCUGUGUUGCCUCCUUGUGCCUCCGAUAAGGACCUUAUUGAAAUGUGUUGGUCAUUAUAAAAUGUGUUUUCCAGGAACAUUUUGAAGUUGCUCCCCCACCCCCCACCUUUUUAAAACUUCUUUGUGUUUUAAACUCCUUUGGGAAGGAGCUUUUUUUAUCUGUCAUGCUCCAUUUUGAACUUCAGACCCUAUCUUGGAAGUCAGAUGGGUGAUUCCUGGGUGCUAUGACUCACUCAGUGGCUCCAUUCUUUGCUGUUAUCUCUCUUAGGAGACAGUUUGGAACAGGCACCUCCCACAAAGACAGUAUCUUUCCUUUUUGAAAUUCAAAGUCUUCACCUAGCUCCCUUUUGUGAUGCAAGCGUCUCUUUUCAGUAUGUUUUUUGAAGACAGACAAGAAGUCUAGUAUGGUUGUUUUGCAGUGCAGGUAGUCCUUCCACAUCAAGUAAUUCCAUUUUUUUUACACCACAUCUUCCAAUUUUCUUAGUAUUUUGAUAUGGAAUGACCCUCCCGUGUGAGCUUCAAAAUCAGUUAGGGCCAAUAAACUGGGUUUGAACUCUGAUGAAAUGGAGCCUCCGUAGGUAAGUGGCUCCUGCAGAGUGUUAGAAACUCAGAUAUAUAAUCUAAUCACCAAAUGGCUUCUUAAACCUAGACUAUGGUUGCCACAAUGGAAUGUCUAGGUGCCAUCCCCCACCCUCCCCGAUGGGAUUUUAUUAAUAUUAUUACCCAUUCCAUUACUAUAUCGUUUUAUAUUUUAAAGACGAAAUCUCAAAGCGGUUUACAACACAUUCAAACAAACCGGAAUAAAACUAAUUCAGGUUUCAAGGGAAAUAUUUCAGAUCCUCCUCUAAGUGAUAUUUUGUCCCCCCCCCCCCACCCCAGUUGCCAACCUGGUGUCCAGAGAUCUCCAUGUGAUUGCAAUUGGACCUGCACCAGUUGCAAAACACACCUGGCGCCUGGCUAAUUUUGAACAUUGCUCCUGCGCCAAGAGGAUAGACCAGCAGCCUGUUCUGGACAGGGUUGCAUGCCCUCCAAAGGAGUAGAUCAGGCAUCCCCAACCUGCGGCCCUCCAGAUGUUUUGGCCUACAACUCCCAUGAUCCCCAGCUAACAGGACCAGUGAUCAGGGAUGAUGGGAAUUGUAGUCCAAAACAUCUGGAGGGCCGAAGGUUGGGGGUGCCUGGAGUAGAUCCAUAGCGUGGGGGUACUCCUGCAUACAUAUUUGUCGUUAGAGGCACAAAUGACAUAUGUGGCUAGGAAUUUCUUUGGGACAUAGGAAGCUGCCUUAUAACACGUCCAUUGGCCCAUAUUGUUCAGUAUGGUCCACAGUGAUUGGCAGCAGCUCUCUGGAGUUUUAGACAUGGACUUUCUCCCAGCCCUACCUGGAGAUGUUGGGGAUUGAACCCAGGAACUCCUGCUGGCAAAGCACUUCCCCUGCAGGCUUUUACAACCUUUGUGCCAGCUAUGACCAUAUCUGGACUGGGAUAACUUGGGCACUGUAGCCCAUGCCUUUGUAACAUCAAGGCUGGAUUACUGCAGUGCACUCUCCGUAGGGCUGCUCCUCAUGCCGAAGCUCCAGCUGGCACAGAACGCAGCAGAUGAUGGGGGCAACAUACUGUACCUCUGUUUAACCAUCUGCAUUGGCUGCCCACUUGCUCCCCAUAUCAGGUCCAAGGCUCUUGCAUCAGUAUAGAAAGCCCUGAACACCUUGGGUGCAGGAUCUCUUAAGGCCUGCAUGAGCCCUUUUAUCUCUGCUCAGUCACUGGGUGAGCGCUGUAAGUUGUGGCUUGUCUUACAGAGGCCUUGCUGUGUUGAGCUCACUGCUUGUCCUAUGUGGAGUGGAGCACAGUCCCAGCAGAGAUCUGGCAGGCAUCCUCACCUUUGAUUUUCAAGCGUCUCUUUCAAGCAGGCCUUUGCAGCUGUUGAAUUUUUGUGAUAAGCCAGUCACUAAUGAUUGUAUGGUUCUAAAUCAAAGCUUUGCAAACUUUUCGUGUUAGUGACACACUUUAGACGUGCAUCAUUUCAUGACAUGGUAAUUCAGUCUUACUAUUAAACCAGAGGUUAAACUAACCCCUUUCCAGCCCCAGAAGGACCAUGGGAAGUAUUCACACUGCAGCUGACACACUAACAUGUCACAACACACAGUUUGGAAAGUUUUGUUCUGAAUGGUGCUUCACGUUUUAAUGUUGCACACUGCCCCAAUAUGAUAUGGUGGUAUAAAAAUAAUUCUGUUAAUAAAUCAGUAAAGCAUACAGGGCAGUCAUCUGGCUGUCCUCCUCUGUUCCCCAAGGCCUCACAGAAGCCUACACAGCUUUGGUAUAGAAGGGUGCUUUUGGUGAUAUUGCAAUAUCAAGCUCAGUAUGAAGUUUUUCAUUCCUACUUUGUUUCACGUCAACAUAGGGGAUGUUUAACUCUGUACUGGAAGUGGCCAAGUUUGAAGGCGCAGCCAUUCGUUCUGUGAGCGGCAUCCGAGGUCAGAUUAAAAAAGCCCUGCGGACACCCGAGGGUGCCUUCCGAGCCACCUUUGAAGAUAAGUUGCUAAUGAGCGGUAAGUGGCACCUUCCAGUUGCUUUACAGGAUGAUUCUUUCAGGAGCCUUUCCUUUCAGGAAUUGCCAAAUGUGAGGGUGCACUCCUGUCAUAUCUGUGGAAUGAAUUGCACAGUCAUUUCUGAGAGGGCAGGUUUCUCAAACUCUGCUAUGCCUCCUUUAAUGUAAAAAAGCUCUGCCCUCUAGUGGUGAUCAGGCUGGUGUUUCUGAUCAUAGUUUCAGUGCCCCUAUAAAAAAGUCUUGGUAGCAAGGGGUCAGUUUCAGAAAUGCUACAUGUGUUCCCUAACUGCAAUAGUUGCAACAAUAUCGUUCUGAUUUUUACAUUUAUAGUAAGAGGCAAACUCAAUAAAGUUAUGUUUCUGCUUUGUGCUCUGGAUUGCUGUCGUCUUCAUGACCGUCUCAGAUAUUCCUGUGGUGGCAGUUGGUGUGUUCAGCUUCUGUACAGGGCUACAGUUUUGUAUUUUACUGUGUGACAGCAGAACCGGGGUCUUACACAUAACAGCAGAGUGAGGUGGUAGAAUGGGCUAUGCCACCUUCUGCUGGGAAAACCUCUGUGUCAGUAGAAAACUAGUGGUACAGGGCAAAGGUUGAGCCAGAACCUGAUGCGCUGGUUUUGUAUUGUGUUCUACUUUCACAUAAGGUAGAUUCAGAAAUGACAUUCUCCUGCCACUCUUCUCAUCUCAGGGCUCCGUUGCCUCACUCUGCUUGCAGGUCUAGGAGGGGAACCCCUUGAGAUGCAAAGCUGUCAUCCAGAUAUAUGGGCAUGGGGGUUCACCUGCAACUCUGCAAAGCUUGCCUGCUUAAAACAGUUUUAAAAGCUUAACCAGUUUCUUCCCUUUCUAGAUAUUGUUUUCUUGCGGACUUGGUAUCCUGUUUCCACCCCAGCCUUCUAUAACCCAGUGACUUCCUUGCUAAAGGCUGUGGGUGAAAAAGACUCCUGGGCAGGAAUGAAGACAACAGGCCAGCUAAGGCAUGAGAAGGGCAUCAGACUGAAACAAAAUAAAGAUUCUCUUUACAAGGUAGGGGGUGUAUGUUGUUUCGUGUCAAAAUAUGCAUAGAUUUUAUCUUGAAUUGCCUUUGGUCAGCAACACUCAAUAGCAGCACUAUUAGUGAAAUAGUGGAGGCUCUGAAAACAUACCGAAUGUGCAGUGGCACAGGAAAUUAAGCAUAGUCCUGACCUUGAAAGCUUCCCCAGUCCACCUUCUUUUUUCCACCUCUGUCAUCUUCUCACUCUUUCAUUGAAAGACUAAAUAGGACAACUCUGCUUUCUCAUCUCAGAGUGGGGAGGAAAAGCCCUAUUGUGUGCCUCUUUCCUUAGUACUUUAACUUACUCCUGAUUCAUGAGUUUGGUGCUAUGUUUGCAGAGUCGGUGAUUCUCAUAGAAUCAGCGUUGAAAGGGACCCUGAGGGUCAUUAGUCCAGCCCCUGCAAUGCCGGAAUAUGCAGCUGUCCCUUAUGGGGAUCGAACCUGCAACCUUGGCAUUCUCAGCACCAUGCUCUAACCAGCUGAGUUAUCCACCUGGUGAUUUUGUGCCUGAGAUUCAGGAUAACCCUGGGGGAGGACCUUCUGUGAUUUCACAGGCCUAUGUAAAGCAGGGUUGGGCAACAUGUGCCCCUUAUUCCAGAUGAGGUUGAACUACAGCUCCCACCAGCCCCAGCCAUUAGCCCUGCUGGCUGGGUCGGAUGAGAGCUGGAGUCCCAACAUGUUGAAGUGGAAGGCACAAUCUCCCCACUUCCGAUUAGUAAAGUAUUCCAGCUUUCAAUUUAUAAAAUUGCCUUCAGCCCCCUUGCUAGAUAUGCGGCAGUACAUAGAACAGGAUUCUGUCUGUCUGCAACAGUUGUGACAUCAUUUGAUCUGUAAAAUGAUGAUGAAGUCUGUUAACGAGACCCUGUUUUUGAAUUACGUUUAUGCUAAGGGAGCCACAGCAAGGCAGUUCCCUCCUGCAUUGCUCAGAUAACAUAAAUAGAGCUCACCCAGUGACUCUUGCUCUUGUCAGUAAAAGCUAGAUGUCAUCACAGGGAAAAAUGACAACAUGAACUCCUACAUGGCGAAGGAUUCAGAUAUUACAUUUCGGUUGGGAAGGAGCUGUGAACAUAAGCCAAGAGAUUUUAUUUGCCUAUUUUCCUCAUACUUAUUAUAAUGCAGAAUGUAAUGGGCAAGUUAGAAAGCAAAAUGAAUGUUGCUGUUCAAUUUACAUUCACUCUUUUUUAUUUUAGCCUAUAAUGCGAGAAAAGAAACAUUUCAAUAAGCUGCAUAUUCCAAAAGCGCUUCAGAAGGCUUUGCCAUUUAAAAGCAAACCUAAGCUUCAGGAAGGAAAAGGAAAAGUCACAAAGGACAAGUGGAGACCAGCUGUUAUCAGGGAGCCUCAUGAAAAGAAGGUAAGUUGUUUCAGGUUUUGUAAUAAUCCUUUAUUGGGUGCAAGAACCACUUAAAAAUAGCAAGUUCUUUCUGACUGCUGACCAAUAUUGGUGUUUUUAGUCCUCAUUAUUUUUGCUGUAAUUUACAAGGGUUACAAGUUAUUCACAACCUGUAACACAGAUUUCUCUUAAACGUCAAUGAUUCCUUCCCAUAAAAAUCAACAGAUUUGUCAGGAAUUUCCCUGAGAUGUGGAUUGCAUCGUAAACUUGGACUAGGACAGUGUUUCUCAAACUUGGGUUCGCAGCUGUUGUUGGACUAGAACUCCCAUCAUGCCUGACCACUGAUCCUGCUAGCUUGGGAUGAUAGGAGUUGUAGUACAACAACAGCUGGAGACCUAAGUUUGAGAAAUACUGGACUAGGAUCUGGGAGACCAGAUUUCAACCCCACACUCAGUCAUGCAGCCCGCUGAAUGACUUUGUCCUGUCCCUCAUCCUAACCUACCUCAGGAUAAAAUGGAGCAGGUGGAAUGGCCAUGUAAGUUGUCUUUUAAGAAAAAUCCAUCCAUCCAAAAUUUCUCAGGCAAAUGGGCAGCUGUGGUUGUCUUGCAUCCAUUUCUAUGGCCAAGGGAGUAAAGGGACUUCCAAUUUGUUGUAGUCCUCCAACGUAAGGCAACUUGACUUGUAGCUUUCAGGAUAGUUAACAAAUAAAAAUGUACCAACUGGUAUAUGACUGCCAUGAAUCUUAAAGGCCUGCUUUAUGUAGCACAGUAUGACUGCCAUGAAUCUUAAAGGCCUGCUUUAUGUAGCACAGUGGUUCUCAAACUUUUUUUCUCUGGGCCACACUUCCAGAAUAAAAAUUUGCGGCUCGCACCACACCAAUUUUUGUUAUUGAUAGGAAAUACACUGAGAAACAAAAUGAAACAAUUCCUUGAUUUAUAACAUAGAACACAGCUACUUUCUAAGCUGAUCAUGGGACAUUCACAAAGUACAAAACAAUGCAGCUACAGCUACAUGAGAACAUGAAUCAUUCCCACAAUAUAAUAUUGGCUGUCCUGGAAUCUUCCCACCGAACUUGCCAUCCUCUCCUGCCACGCCCUUUGAGAACCACUGGUGUAGUGUGUUUGAUCCAAGAAACAGUGGAUACAGUUAUCAAGAUACAAAUUGUGUUAAUUAUCCUAGAGGGAGAUGGGUGUGAUAAAUGGAACACAACCAACAGAUCUGUUUGAUAUAAGAAUCUGUUUGAUAGGAGAGGGGGAAGUUCCUGCUUAUGUCAUUGCUAAGAUUUUGAUCUUCCUUCCAGAAGUGCAUGUGCUGAUUUGCAUGGCUGCAGCUCAGUGCUAAUGAGUAGCGUUUUAGUGUUGGAUCUCCCUUUCUAACAGCAAUUAAAUCCUGGGAAAUCAGCCCUGUAAUUUGCCAGUUCUUGCUCCCAUUUGUCAGCCCUGAAGUUCAAUAUGUACAUAACACAUGUUGUUCAUUGUUUUUGUUAAGAUUGCAGCACUUCUGUCUGCUUUGGGUACGGUACACAGUUACAAGCUGAAGAAAGCCAAGGUGAAACAUCGGCAGCAGCUUAAAGAACGUCUCAAAGGGAGGCAGAAAGAGGAGGAAGAGAAAAUAAAGAGGCAGAAAGAAGCAAAGAAGAAGCUCUUUCGCAUUAUUGGACAAAGGGAGAAAAAGCGGCAGAAAUCAAGCCUGAGAGGAUCUGCUGAAAGGGAGAAGUGAGUUUUCAGCAGCCACCUGAAGGAAGCGAGAAGACAUUUUACCCUGGAGUGCCCAGUUAAGAGCAAGACCCAAAUAUACUGUUAAUAAGGUUCUGGACUCCAAUGAACUUGCCUUGGAGGAGAAAAAACAAUGACAAUGUCAUUUGAAAACAUCAGCAUCAGAUGUAAAUUAUGGUUUAUGGUGUUUACCCCGCAGUAUGCUUCAGGAAGAAGUGAAAGUGUCACACACUUUGUGGUCUCUGAUCAUUCAUUGAAGUAUUUUACAUGUGAUUAUUUGGAUGGGAUUCAUGUUUGCUGUUAGUAAAAAAUGUUUUACUAACAAUGUUUACAAACAUUUACAGCAAAUGUUGUUUGCUGUUAGUAAAAAAAUGGAUCAUGCAGUUGUACAUGGUUUUAAUACUAAUGUUUGAAUGAGAUAAAAAAAUGGGCAGCCCAAGUUGUAUCUGUUCAUGAGUUAUUUCUUACACAUUGAAAUAUUGUGCAUUUCUCUAGGAAAAGCCAUGCUUCCUAAGAAACGUGAAAGCAAAUCUUUCUGCCAAGUAGCUGAACUUAGAUCCAGCAAAAUUUGUAGUGCACCUUCUGACUACAUUUCAUCUGUGGAGAGUAGACUGCUCCUUAUUUAUGCAAUUAAUUGAUCAUUGCCAAAACAGAAUAAUUGAUAACUGAUGGGGCAUCAUUUGACCUGCUUGAAUCUUGACAAAUCCUACACUGAUCUCAUUUCUGAGGGUGAAACUAUGUGUUGUGUUUUAUUUAUAAAAUUGUUAUCCUUUC